AUGUUUUCUAUUUUUCAACGCAUAUUGGAUUGGAUAAAGAGUCUAUUUUGGAAAGAGGAGAUGGAAAUCACUUUAGUUGGACUUCAGUACUCCGGGAAAACCACAUUUGUUAAUGUUAUUGCAACUGGCCAAUAUUGUGAAGAUAUGAUUCCAACAGUUGGAUUUAAUAUGAAGAAGAUUACAAAAGGGAAAGUUUCUAUAAAAAUGUGGGAUAUUGGUGGACAACCCCGCUUCCGCAGUAUGUGGGAAAGAUAUUGUCGUGGUGUUAAUGCCGUCUUAUUCAUGGUUGAUGCGGCAGAUAAAGAUAGGCUAGAUGCGGCAAGAAAUGAACUCCAUACGUUGAUGGAUAAAACUCAAUUAGCUGGAAUUCCUGUGCUCGUUCUUGGAAAUAAACGUGAUUUACCUGGUGCACUUACGGAAGUCGAACUCAUCGAAGCAUUGAGCUUAAGGACAAUUCCCAAUCGAGAAAUAUGCUGUUAUUCAAUUUCCUGCAAAGAACAGGAUAAUAUUGGUUAG